UUUGUGUUUAUCAGGGUGGUCUCCAAAUGAGGGCUCGGACUUCUCAAGUCCUGAUUACACUGUCAUUGCCCAGCAAAUGGUCAGAGCAAACCAGACGUCCUGACUCCAAAAGUGCAUCGCUGUCACAUGUACACAUUCCAGCUCUGCCGACCCACGUCCCUCUGCAUCCUAAGCUCCAAGCGUUUUCCUUUCCAGAGCUGGGAAUGCAACUCAACCUCUCCCAGGGAGCCACAGCACAGCAUAGCUUCUCCUUUAGUGUGAGUGCGGUGCCCUGGAAAGCCAGAAGAGGGCGUCAGAUUGGAGCUACAGGCACUUGAGAUAAGCCAAGCACCGGUGCUGAGGCUCGAACUCGGGAAAGUAGUGCAUGCGCAAGGCAGUCUCCUGUCCCCGAGCUCUCUCGUUCCCCGUGCCCUGCUCUGCUUCUUCCUCAUUCUCUCAGAGGCAGCGGGGACACAAAUGCUCCAGACUCAAGUCGGACUACAGCCAACUGAAAUACUCAACACGCUGGGAGGCCGAGGGUCCCACUGGACCCCUGACCCGGAAGGGCCCUAAGGACCGGAAGUGAUGGCAGCCCCGCAAUCCCCGCUUCCCUAGCAACCUGAUCGGCUUCUUAGCAACGUAAAGUGGCUGUGCAGUCCUUGGUCCCGCCAUGCCGGUGCGAGUGAGCGAGUUCAGCUGGCAGCAGACGCCGGCCGCGGUCUUCCUGUCGCUGCCUCUGCGCGGCGUCUCCGUGCGCGAUGCUGACGUAUUCUGUGGGGAAAGUUACCUGAAGGUUAACUUCCCUCCAUUCUUAUUUGAGGUGUUUCUCUAUGCUCCCAUAGAUGAUGGGAAGAGCAAAGCCAAGGUUGGAAAUGACAUGAUUCUUUUCACAUUGUAUAAAAAGGAGCCAGUUCUGUGGGAUAGCCUUUCUAUGCCAGGGGUUGAUAAAGAGAUGAUGCAGAGAAUAAGAGAAAAAUCUAUCUUGCAAGCACAGGAGAAAGCGAAAGAGGCCACAGAAGCAAAAGCUGUCGCCAAGCGAGAAGACCAGAGAUACGCCCUAGGCGAGAUGAUGAAGAUUGAAGAAGAAGAGAGGAAAAAAAUAGAAGAUAUGAAAGAAAAUGAACGGAAAAAAGCUACUAGAGAAUUAGAAGCAUGGAAAGAAGGUCAAAAGAAAGCUGACGAACAAAAACGAGUCCAGAGGAAGGAGAAACCGCCUAGGAGGAAGCAAGCUGAAGAGACCGGAGCACAAAAACCUCAGGGCUUGCCCCGGAAGGCCCCGCCCGCUCACCUCCCCGCAAGAGGGAGGAAUUGGGAGAACAUAUUUUCCGAGAAGUUAAAGGAAGACAGAGUUCCUGCGCCUCGCUCUGCUGGCAGGAUUCAAAUUAGCUUCACCCCUCGAGUGUUCCCGACGGCACUUCGAGAAUCCCAAGUCGCAGAAGAGGAGGAGUGGCUGCACAAACAAGCAGAGGCUCGGAGAGCCAUGAACACUGACCUCCCUGAAUUCUUAGACUUAAAAGAAGAAGAGAAGAAUCCAGACUGGUUGAAAGAGAAGGGAAAUAAAUUGUUUGCAACAGAAAACUAUUUGGCAGCGGUUGAUGCAUAUAAUUUAGCCAUACGAUUGAACUGUAAGAUCCCAGUAUUGUAUCUGAAUCGGGCUGCUUGCCACCUCAAAUUAAAAAACCUACACAAGGCCAUUGAGGAUUCUUCUAAGGCACUAGAAUUAUUGACACCACCUGUUGCCGAUAAUGCCAGUGCAAGAAUGAAGGCACACGUCCGACGAGGGACAGCGUUCUGUCAACUAGAAUUGUAUGUUGAAGGCUUGCAAGAUUAUGAAGCUGCACUUAAGAUCGACCCAGCCAACACCGUGGUGCAGAACGAUGCAGAGAAGAUUCGGACUAUAAUUCAAGGGACAACACUGAAGUCUCCUGACUAGAGGCAGCCAGGCCCAGGAGUCUCUGCGAGUAUGCUCGCUCUGUAAAGCUAGAGAGUCUCUGGCAUGGUAGUGCCUGAGGAAUCAUCUCCAAGGUGAAGAUGGCCCAUCUCUCACCGGUGGCCUUUGAUCCCAGUACUGGGAAGGCAGAGGCAGGCAGGUCUCUGUGAGCUUGAGGCCAGCCAGAGCAAUACAGCAAGCAAAACACAAAAGAAAGCACAGACUGGGCUGUUUGAAUCCUCAGUCUUAGCACCGGGUGUGGGCUUUGAUGUUGCUGACCUGAACUGCCCAUGCUCUUGGAAUUAAGCUGUUAAUAGUAGUAUCCGUUUCCAGGAUACGAUUGAGAAAUCAACAGAAUAGAAUUUCCACAUAAAAGA